AUGUUCCAUCCGUGCCCGGGGAAAAGCCUCUCAUCGGCUAUCUGUGGGUAUUGCCCUCUACCGGUCCCUGGACGCCCCUGGUCGCACAUCGCCCUAGACUUCGUCACCGAUGUACCCCCUUCCAGCGGAAACACCACAGUCCUCACCGUGGUAGACCUAUUCUCCAAGGCGCUGCACUUCGUAGCCUUCCCUAAACUCCCUUCUGCUCAGGAAAUCGCAGACCUUUUCGUCCGCCUCGUCUUCCGUCUCCGAUCGAGGUCCCCAGUUCGUCUCCCAGACAUUUUGGGAAAGGACUGUCUGAUGUCAGGCACAAAGGUCCAUGAUGCCCCCAAACAGAAGAUGGAGAAACCCUUGCAGCUGGUUUGUAACGAGGAUGGGAAGCUACAGCUUAACCCAGAGGCUCUGAAGGUCCUCCAGUCCAUCGAGGAUCCAAUGGUUGUUGUGGCUGUGGUUGGUGCUGCUCGUACAGGGAAGUCCUAUCUCAUGAACUGUCUUGCAGGAGACAGGAAAGGAUUCUCAGUGGAUUCAACCCUCCAGUCGCACACCAAAGGAAUCUGGAUGUGGUGUCGAUCCCUCCCUCAGAGACCCAAUGAGGUCCUCCUGUUGUUGGACACUGAGUGUUUUGGAGACAACCAGAAUGAUCGUUCCAUCUAUUUACUGGCAAUCUUUCUGAGCAGCAUCCUCAUUUACAAUGGGAAAAGAAACAUAGACCAGCAAUCCCUGCAAGACCUACAUUUUGUGACUGAACUCUCUAAGCGAAUCCAGAUGAGGUCCCAGCAUGAUGGCUGUGACAGGUGGGACUUUGUCCGUGUCUUCCCGGAAUUUGUAUGGGUGAUUCGUGAUAUGACACUGGGAAUGAACAUCGAUGGAAAAGAUAUGACUCCGAAUGAGUACCUGGAGCACAUUCUGAAACUGAAGGACAGUGAGAGCACUGAGCAGGACAAGAAGUAUAAUGAACUCCGCAGGUGUAUCCGCAAUCAUUUCCCCUCACGUUGCUGCUUUGCAUUUCCCAUUCCCACACAUGGGAAAAAACUCAAGCAGCUCCAGGAGUUGGAGGACAAGGAUCUGGAUGAGGAUUUUGUUAUGGAGGGGCAGAACCUCAUCAAUUACAUUCACACCCACAAGAAAGUCAAGAGAGUUCUUGGGGGUCAGCUGGUCACGGGCAGGAGAUUUGCUGAAUUGACCAAGGCAUACAUGGGCAUGAUGGCGGAUGGGGUUCUACCAUGUGCUGAGAGAUGUCUGGUUAAAUUAGCGGUGGUGGAAAACCAAGCAGCAGUAGAUGAAGCCCUGAAGUUCUAUGAUGAUGAAAUGAAAAAAAUUUCAGAAUCUGGCUGCCUUACUAUGGACAAAGUCAUAGAGUAUAACAAUAUGAAGAGCAGAGAGGCAUACAAUAUCUUCCACAAAAGAUCUAUGAACAACAGCAGUGACAAACACAUCCAACAGUUGGAGAAGACAAUGCAUUCCAUUUACAAGUCUGUCAUGGCCAAGAUCAAGGAAACCUCACAAGAGCAAUGUAAAGUACAUCUAGCAAAAGAAAUGUCAUCAGUAAAACAGAACCUGGCAUCUAGCUAUUACCAGAGACCUGGUGGUUUCCAGAAGCUGAAAGUGGAACUUAAUCAGGCCAUUAAGAAAUAUGAAGAGAAGACCAAAGAUGAAAUGGAGGGGUGUGCUGUCCUUGCCAGUUUCCUGGAAGAGGAAAAACCUCAUCUAGACCAGGUACAAGAGAUGGAGGAACAAAUGCAUUCCUCUGUUUUGGAAGAGCAGCUCUCAAGGCUGAAAGAGGAGAUGGAGAUGAUGGAGCAGAAGAGGAAGGCUGCUGAGGAAUGCAGGAAUAAGGAGAUCAAGGAGCAGAUCAGGAAAAGCUUUGAGGAGGGUAAAAUGUGCCAUGUGGCGGAGCUGAAGGAAGCCAUGGAGCAUAUGAGGAGUGAAAUGGAAAAAUACAGAGUCGAGGGCAGGGAGGAGGAUGCAGAAAGGGCUCAGCAGAUGUAUAAGUACCUGGAGAAGAAACAUGAAGAGGCAACAAAAUGGAGUUUCAUGAAAUUCAACGACCGAAACUGA